UCGUGUCGUGUCCCUCGUGCGGCAACAACAGCAACUUGCAACAGCACUCUGGCAACGUGCAACACCCAGCAGCAGCAACUGGCAACAUAAAUUGCGUGUUUUGACUUUGACUUUGGCCCACCAGCGAUUUCGAAUUCAAGUUUCCCGCGCGCGUUCCCCAGAUUAUUUUGUUGUGCUAAGUGUUUUGUUUUGGUUUUGGUUUUGGUUUUGCUUCUGUGUCGUCACGUGCUCAUUUGUUUACCUAUUUUUUGUUGGUGUGUUGUGUGGUGUUGAGAAAUAAGUAAAUCCGAAGAACAAGCGCCGCUUCGAGUACUUUUUAUUUAAACAAAAAACGGGCAGCAUUGUGCAGUAUUCGAUGGACUCAUAAGCCAAUUGCAAUAUCUUCGGAAGUUAUAGCUGCAUUUGUUUGCUUAGCUUGUGGGGCAGGACCGAAAGGCGGCAACUGGUGAAGGAGGAGGAGAGCCGCAACCCGCAACCCGAAACCCGAAUCCCAAAACCAGAAACCAGAGACCAUCGACCAGAGACAGGAAAACACAGCGGCAAGCAAAGUGUUGCAUACUUGGCACAAAUAGGAUUGUGCGAGGAGCGAGGAGGAAUCGGAUAUACCCGCAUAUAUAUCCGCCACCAUAUAGACAGCGACUGGCAACAUGCCGUCGUCAGCAAUAAAUAAAACAGCACGCAGUGUUGCCAAUACGAUUCAAUUGCUGGCAAUCGUUCUCUAUUGCUGUUGCCUGGUGCACGGACAACAGCAACAGCAGCAACACCAGCAACAGCAACAGCAACAACCACAACAACAGCAGCAGCAGCAGCAACACUUGAAGUACCAGCAAUUGCAAUAUCAAAUGCAGCAGCAAUAUGAAUACCAGCAGCAGCAGCACUACCAGCAGCAGUUCCAGCAGCAACAACAGCAACAGCAACAGCAGCAACAGCAGCAGCAGCAACAUCUGACACCCACGGCAACACUGGCUCGCCAGCAGCAACACGAGGAGCACAUCGACUUGCUGUCCACUCAGCCAACUCAGCUCCUGCAGACGGGUGUUUCUCUGAUUGUGGAGGAUGCCAAGGGAUCCGGCGAUGGCGGCAAUGCCAAUGCCAAUGCCAACGCCAAUGCGAAUGCCAAUGGUCAUGGCAAUGAAGGCGGUCUGUCCAGUCGGAGGCGUCCCGUCCAGUUGGCCACUCGCAAACGUAAGCGGCGUCCCCAACUCCCGCUGGCCACGAUGGGCGCCACCGAGGAGAGUUCCGGCGGGGCUCCUGGCCCAGAUCCCCCCACCUCCGCCUACUGGCGCGGCCACGUGGAGGAUGACGCUGAUGCCCUGCGUCGGAGGAAGCAACCGCUGGUGCGGGAGCCCAUGGCGGCCCUCGAACGGGACCGGGAUCGCGAGCGGGAGAAGCUGCGCCAGCGGGUGGUGGUGGAGCCCACCGACACCAGUUCGCAGGGCAGCCAACCCAGCAAGGCCUACCGCCGACCCUACGGCCAGGCGAAGAAGGAGCCCCUCCCUUUGGGGGAGGCGGCGGGUGAAGGCGCCACGCCCACCAAGAGCGCCGUCGACCUGAAGAACAUCCUGAAGAACUCGGGCGGCCUGAGCCUCAGCGAGAUCCUGCAGCAGAAGAACCUCUCGCUGGACGACCUGCUCAAGGGCAAGCAGAACGCCCUGCUGGCGCUGCAGACGACAGCGGUUGCCCCACCGGUCGCCGCUUACCCCUCAUCCGCCACCUCGCAGAAGAAGCAGCAGCAGAGCAAGCAGGGAGUGCGUCGCCUGCCGGCAGCCUACACCACCACCAGCUCGGCGGGUGCGGGCGGCGACGAGGAGGAGUCCUCGGUGGCGGUGGCCAGGAACAGGAACAAGUUCCCCACCGCCCUGCAGCGUUUGAAGCUCUUUGGCAGCUCUUCGCGGGAGAGCAGCACCACAAGACGCAUUCUGGGUGGGGCAGCACUCAGCACCACCGCGGCGCCGAGCUCGGCUGCCAGCAGCAGCACCACCACUCGGGUGCCACUCUACAAGAAGCGACAGCACCUGCGGUCCACCCUAAGGCCGCCGGGGCUCUAUAAGCCGCUGGCCAGCAGCAUCGGCACCAUCAGCACCACCAGCACCACUGUGGCGACCACCACGCAGGAAGCGGAGACCAGCACGGCGUACUCCACCAGCACCAGCACCACGGUGGGCGGCUACAUGGAGGAGAGUCUCGAGGAGGAGCGGCGGGACAACUCCGGGGAGAAGGACGUCGAAAUGGAGAGGGAGGCGGACGGGGAGGGGGAAGCGGAGGAGCAGGCAGACGAGGGGUUGAAGCAGGAGGACCACGAGGAGCAGCCCGAUUCCAGUGAGGCCGAGUCCGGAGAGGGCGACACUCACACCGAGGCACCGCAACCAGUGGAACUGGCAACUGCUCCUUCUCCGGCUCCUUCCCUGCCGCCCGGCAACCCGCGCUAUCGGCUGAGGAACUCCAGCAUCAAGGAGAUGCAGAAGCGACUGAAGGACAACUUCAUAGGCGGCACCAUCGGCGACAGUGGCGAGGAGGUGGACCUGGCCGAAAGCGAGCCCAGCUUCAGUUCCACCCCUUCCUCGACACCAACGGCAACUGCAGCGGGAACAGUGAGCAAGAGCAGCGAGGAGGAGCUCGACCACGGCGACGACGACCUGGAGAACUUCUUCGACGAGGUGGAGAGCCACACGCACCACACGCAGGUGCCGGCUCCUCCGGCGAGGCCAUCGCAUCCGGCAGCAGCUCCCUCUCCCUCUUUUCCCUUCCUCGAACCACCGGCACCACCGGCAGCCACCUUGUCGGCGGGCAAGCCGUCCCAGCUGAACAUCAUCGACGACGUGGACGACCGCACCGAUCUGCUGGAACUGAUCGAGGACCGGCGCUCGGGCAACCGGCUGUUCAAGGUGCUGGAGCAGCGCAACAUGACCCUCGAGGAGCUGAUCGAGCACCGGAAGCGCGGCUCCAGCCAGCUGCACCUCUCCACCAUCGUGAGCGGCGGCGACGAGCACUCCCGGCUGUAUCCCGGCCAGAAGGUCCUGCUGCAGGACAACAUGGACAUCGUGACCGCCUUCGAGAACUUCCCGCACUUCAACCUGAUGGACCUGAAGAGCGUCAAGCCCGACGAGAUCAAGACGGACUCGCAGGGCUCCAGCUACUUCACCUCCAUCAUCGACAUCGAGCCGAACGACGAGGUCAAGCCGAUGGGGAACCGAGGUAUUACGGCUUUGCGCCUGCGCAGGCAGCGCCAGCGGUGGGCUGAGGCGAGGGGUCCUGCCUACGCGCAAGCAUCCGCAUCAUCGGCGACCAUUGGCGGCGGACCCGGCACCAUAUCCAUUAACUCGCGGGGCGAGAAGUCGCUGGGGUUCUUCCCCUCGUGGAAGACCCUCGCGCUCGCCUCCCUGGCGACGGCCACCGAGGAGCGGAACCCGUACUUCCUGCCGCCGCCGCGACUCCUGCUCGACGCCGGCGGCUCCCAGGAGGCGGACUCGAAUCCGGAGCCGGAGGGCGGGGGCGGCGAGCCCACCAGCAUCGACAUCGACCUGGGCGUGAGUCCCUACGGCGGCAACGCCUCCGCGAUGAUGAUGGACAACAGCCGGCUGCCGCCGGACAACGACGUGAUCGACGAGAUCGAGAACGAGGUGGCGCGGGCCCACGACCUGCUUGACCUGGAGCUCUCCGGGCCGGGAUUCCACCGCAGUCCGGCGGCGGCGGCGGCCACGUCCGCCGUGUCGCAGCAGCACUUGAGCAGCCUGUACGCCAGCAUGCCCUCGGGGAUCAAGUCGGCGAUUGUGGCCAGCACGGCGAUCGUGGUCACGGCCCUGGCCACCUUCCUGGUCAUCUUCGUCGUCUGUCGGUGGAAGCAGCAGCGGAGGCGCAAAAGCAGCUACCUGCGCACCUACAACGCGAUGAAGAGCAAGCUGCCCCAGAUGGUCCAGCCGUCGCGUCGCUCCUCGAUGCGCCAGCACAUGGAGGAGCUCGUCAUUGGCUCCGGAUCAGGAUCAGGAACGGGCUCUGGAUCGGGAUCGGGAUCAGGAGCAGGCUCGGGAUCAGGGACGGGGAUAGCCAGCAUCUCCACUUCGGUGGCCUGCUGCACGCCCGUCCACCAGCUGCAGCGGCAGAGCUCCCUGCUGUUCGCCCGCGACGGAUCCGCCACCUUGAGCACCGCCACCUCGAUGACCACGAAUGGCAACUCCGGCAAAUCCGGCAACUCGAACACGACCACCGCAGCGGGGGCGAACUCAACGGCUCCGCCGGAGGCGCUGAGUGGGCGUGGCCUGGCCAUUUCGCUGAGGAGUGCCCACCAGAAACUGAACACCAUGGAUCCGAAUUCGCCGGAGGUGCAGGAAUACCUGUUCGACACGCUGCGCAAGUCCUUCGACAAUUAGGCGACGGGCAAUAGGCUCCUCUAGCAUCCAUAGACCGUUGUUUAGGCCAAGUUUUACAUACACAAGUGUACACACACACACAGCCCCCAACACACCACACACACACACAGAUAGACACCCAACUCAGCGCGGAGGAGCAAACAUUAGUCGAUUAAUUAGUUUAAGCAGGUAGGAGGUGGAAUUUUUUUGAGCUCGAUUAGAGGAACAUUCUGUGAGAGAAAGUAAAACUAACAAAACCCUAAUAAAACCUAGAAAACACUUUUGAACAGCGCGUGACAUGACCAUAAGGUGGUUGGGUGAAAAGAAGAAAACACAAGCUUUCCUUUUUUAUUUUUAGUUAAAUUAAUUGGCGUUUUCAUCAAAUCAUAGGGAUUUUUUGUAUAAUACUUUAUUGUAUUCAGUUGUUCUCCUGAUUUCAAAACUAAUUGAUUAAUAAAAGUUAAAAAAAAGAAGAAAAGCUCUGAACCUCAGUAUGUUUAUGCCGCGCACUGUUUCUAGUCUCUAAGCUCGGCAAACUAUCGUUUCCAACUAUCUAGAUCUAACGUACGAGUAUAAACCAUCAACUAACGCGAAUCUUUCUACUAAAUCAUAGGACACAGCAUUCAAACGGGUUUCUUAGGCACGAUGAGAUAAAAACAAUGAGGUAAGAAGGAUAUUAGCCAAAAAGUACAGUUGUGUUCAGACACCUUCCCGAACAGCCCAAAUCGAAUAAACACUGAAAUUCGAGAGAGAAAAGUAAACCAUUUAUGAGGACAAUAAAUAUUAACGAGGGAAAUACGAAAAACGAUCAAAUCUGUGUUCGGUUCGAGAAGAUUUAACCACUAAAAAAUAUUUUCUGGCACUGGCUAACAAAAUUAAAUUGAAAUUAGAGCAAGGCAAAGCAUAGAUGGGCGCUAAGUGGGCGUGGUCAUUAGCACAACAAUACCAGCAAACACAACGACAACACUAAUAGUUUGAAUACUCGAAUGCACUGCAAAAUCCAACGAGAAAAAUAGAAGAAAUACUUGUGUUUGUUUUGUAGAGCAGGCGCACUAUUUUUGAUGUGAUUUGAUUUGUUCCCCCUUCCAUCACCGCCCCCCCUCCCUCACUAGGCAGUAGAACAUCUGGCGACAGUUUAUAUAUAUAUAUAUAUUAUAAAUAUAACAAUAUAUUUAAGCACGCUCAAAUAUGUAUGUAAAUAAGUUUCAAUUUAAUUUUUUUGAGAAAUAAAAUGUAGAACAAAUUUUGGCAAACACUUCGAAAGUACUUAAAUGGUUUCGGACUGCUCCCAAAGUUGGCUUUCGAGAUCGGAGAACUCUAUAUUUAGCGGCGAGUGAAGAAACAGAUCCCGAAGUCUGCCUAAUGCACCAUGACCAGUCCAAAGUGGAAGCGGGUCCGCAAAUAGAUGUUCGGCCAAACAAUGCGAUCACAGUGCCAGACGGGAAGGUCAACAAUGGUCGGGCAAUCUGGCCAUAUGUACUCUCGAUUAAAAACAAACAGCGCCAGCUGUAAAUGUAAUUUAUGGCCAGCGGGACGAAUGGUUCAUUGAGAGCUUUUCCAACAGAAACGGAUAUAUAAGCCCAUGACAUAAUUAAAAUAGGACAACACUCUUUGAGUAUCAUGAUUUAGGAAUAGUACUCCACCUUGGCUAUUGUUUGGAUAACAUUCGGAAAAUCUAUUUCUAGAGCAACUGGAAAAAUUCUUUAUAAUCGCAUAAUUGAAACUCUCUCAGAAAAGUACCCUACUUAUGUGUAUGGUAUCUUCCCCCA